AUGAGCUGGUCCUCGCAGGCCUACGGUCCAGAUGGCCCGUGGCAGGCCGUAUCCGUCGACGUGGGCAGCAACAAGCAGACGGUCGAUCUUUACCCCGGUGCCAACUAUGCUAGCACGAUCCUGAUGAGCACUCUCUGCACGAACAAAACUCUGUCAUCCACCUGCUACGCCGCUGAAGCAGGCACAUUCAAUCAAAACACCUCCACCACCGCCUACACCACUCCCAGCUCGUGGGAAACAACAUACUGGGCUGUGGAGGGUGGAAGCAAAGAAUCUGUGCUCGGCGAUGAAGUCACCUUAGGGUCGUUUGUCGUUCCCAAUGUGAGCUUCGAAGCCAUCUACCAGACAUAUCAGACUUAUCCCAAUGGCAUUGCCUAUCCCGUCUCGGUUGGCAGUCUGGCCCUGGGGGGUCCGUACCUCUCGGAUACUGUCUCCAACUCCACCGUUCUCAACAUGAUUGCCGGGUGGCUUUAUUCGUCCAACGACAUCCCUUCCUACUCGUAUGGAAUGCAUAUCGGGUCAGUAGACCCAGAGAUUGCGGGUUCUCUGGUCUUGGGUGGCUACGAUAAGAGCCGUGUGAUCGGAGACGUGAGUGCCCAAGGAGUAGCGUCUUCGAGUGGACUUUUGGAACUCGAAUUGAAGGAUAUUGGGCUUGGGGUUGCUUCGGGUUCCUCACCAUUCAGCUUCACCAACGAAAGUGGAUUGUUUCUUCAGAGCAGUGGCUCCGUCCAGGCCAAGACGGUUCAGAUCGAUCCGACCAAGCCCUACAUGUACCUUCCCCAGGCGACUUGCGAUGCCAUCACGUCCACCAUGCCGAUCUCCUUCAACUCUAGCUUGGGACUAUAUUUUUGGGAUACCAGCAGCAGCGAUUAUUGGAAUAUCACGUCUUCUGCAGCAUACCUCUCCUUCGUCUUCAACAAGAAUGGAGUGAACAAUCAGAAUAUUACCAUCAAGAUUCCCUUUUCCCAGCUCAAUCUUACGCUCCAAGAACCGCUGGUUGAUCAAAAUGUCACCUACUUCCCGUGCUUUCUCACUACGUCGACCCCGGUGCUCGGUCGAGCGUUUCUUCAGUCCGCAUUCGUCGGGGUUAAUUGGUUCAACGGGAACAACUCUGGCACGUGGUUCCUGGCACAAGCACCCGGCCCGGAUUAUGCCAGCGCAGACAUCACCCGGAUCGCAGUGAGUGACACGUCGCUUUCUGCCUCUAACGGUACCUGGGAGGAUAGCUGGGCUAAGUACUGGGGCAUCAAAACGACCGACAAUACGAGUAGCUCCAAGGGUGGCCUGUCUUCCGGGGCCAAGAUUGGAAUCGGCGUUGGUGUGGGAGUCGGUGGAGCGGUGUUGAUCGCAGCGGGUAUCGCCAUCGCAUUUUGGCUUCGCCGUCGUCGCGUAGCGAGUCAAGAGCCAGCAGGAGAGCAGCGAAGGUCAAUGUUUAGAGGGUUUGCAGAGUUGCCGGGAGGUGCUCACAGUGAAGCGGCCAAGGAGUUGGAUACAAAGAUGCAUAAGCCGCCGCAGGAGAUAAUGGGUUCGCAGGUGGUAGAGCGAUACGAGCUGGGCUAA